ACAGAAAGUAGCUACUAUAAAUGUUCUUAUAUUUGCCAUAGAACACAAUACAACAGUAAUAUAAAAAAGGAUUUGGAAAACUCUCAUUCCAGGACAGUGAUAAUUUAAACACCGGCAAUAUCGUUAGUAAUUAGGUAUCGAAAAAACGAAAAGUACCACACAGCUGAGUUAGUGAAUACCGCUAUGGAGAUGCUUCGAGCUGCACUUUUGAUUGUAGUAUACGUUGGAACGGUAAAAAGUGCGACUGUUUGUGGUAUAAGACAAAUAGAUACAAAUAAAGAAAUAUGCUGCGGACAAAAACCUCAUAGAAGGUUUGAAGAAGGACACGAGUUAGGAUGCUUUCAAGACAUGGUUUUUGACAAAACUGUUAUGGUUGUUUGUGGAAGUCGAUUGGAAAAAAGAACAAUUGUGGAAAGGGAAUACUCGAAAGACUUCUUCUGCUGUUUUGGCCAGUUUCAUGCAAAGAACAAAUAUGACAUUAAAGGAUGUUGCCAUGGUGAACAGGAGCGUAUAUACACGCACAAACGCCAAGCGUGUUGCAGUGGUGUUGUGGUUGAUCGCAAGGUUAGAACAGCUCAAGUGUGCCACGGAACGACACUGAUAGAUAGGAAUGCGAGACGACCUAGAUUACUUCAAUGCACAGGACCAAACGGACGAAAAACAGGUUAUGACACAAGCAGCUAUGUUUGCUGCAAACAAACCGGUUUGAUUUUAGAAAAACCAGGACCAGGGCCAUAUUUUUGUCACGAUGAUGACGUUUAUAAUUCCUAUCAAAUGCAACUGUUACGUUUAGAGAAUGGCACUGAUAUUGUUGUCCAGAAAGGCAUUACAAUGUGUGGGAACGCUUUUAUCACAACAUCAAGUCCAUUUAGUGACAUCUACUGCUGUGACGGUGUUAUCCAUCACGUAGGAAAGAGCGACUGGAAUACGAUGGAAUGUUGUGGGACAAAGAUGUAUAACUACACAAGCCAAUCAUGCUGCAACAAAGUUAUUCUCAACAGUGAUACGGGCUGUUGCAACGGACAUACACCUUACAUUCUGAUGGCCGAAGACUGUUGUGAAAAUAAGGUCAUCGACAGAGCCGAGGAAUUGUGUUGUAGAAACAACAUUGUAAGGAAGAAAUAUCCUUCUCACUACGGGUGUUGCAAGAUAGACCAUGCAUGGACAACCUACAACGAACUAAAUCCUCCAGUUGAGUGUCUUUUGACACAUCUGAGACAUACAUUUAACACCAAUCCGACAAGACAAAAAAGGUUGGGUGGGAAUCAAAACAUAGCAAGUGAAACUACAGGGAGAAGCCCAUUAGAAAAAUGCCCAUUUACAGAAUGUUUCGAUAGAGAACAGAAACAACGUAGAGUCUGCAGAAAACUAUUUGAGCUGGACAUUUAUCUUGACGGCGUAAAUAUUACUAAUGAUGGGUCAACUCUUCAUAUAACACUUAUCCAGCCUGAUGCAUUUGUCAACAAGAAAUUCCAGCUAUCUCUACCAUACAUAUGCCCAUGUCUCGAAAGGGGCCAUGUUUACACGGUAUUUACCAGCAAGGGAUGGGUUCGAAAAUUGACAGCAGACAGAACUUUUGAAUCUUCAAACUAUCCAACAAUAAACAAAAAGGAUUUUCUAGUAAAAAGAGGAAGUGGAGCGGACUCAUUUGCAUGUACAAUAAGGCGAAAGCAUUCCGCUUUCUACAAUUCAUGGAGAGGGUCGCCAGUUCUGUAGUUAAAAAGAAACAGAUAUUUUUACGGUAUAGGAGUACGAACCAGUAAUAUAGUUGAUGAAAAGAUAAAAAAAGAUGAAGAAAGCAAUCCUAAUCAUGGAUCAACAUGAACCUUUAAAGAGCAAGAGUUUAUGGAAGGUUAUUGAACCUCUCGGAAAGAGUAGUCUGCCGAUUCGCGACCUGACAGCUUCUUGCUUGUAAAAGCACUUAAAAUAAGACGGUGUAUUGUGACUGCUUACACAUAAGCAGAUGGUGAAGACAUUUCUCCCUGAUAUGAAUCACUCUCAAUUCUAUUUCCUUGGUUAAAAGCUUGAUGUCAAUUUUUGUCUGAUUCUGCGACAUUAUGGGAGAGACGAACAUUUCAUCAAUAGACUACCACAUCUUAAAUAUUUUAUUUUUAUUUUUUAUUGCAUUAUGUCAUCCGAAAUUAUUGCUUUUGAUUUAAAUAUUUUAAAUCAACACAUCAUAAUACACAGAAUAGGGCAUAUUUUGUAUAAUUUACCCGAAUUCAUUAUUUAAUUGUAUGAAUAAUCAAAUAACUAUAACAUGUACUUUUACUUCCAGGCAGCAGAAACAAUAGGGCAUAAUUAUGAUGCAAUUAAGUUUAACUAUAGAUGAGCGAAUAAUUCUUGCCAUUAUUCAUUUGUCCAUGUAUGUCAAUGACUUUGAAGAUAUUUUACAUUUACACGGCAUUGGAAUUAUCAUGCUACCGAUUUUUGGCUAAUUUGUACUGACGACCUAGUGUGUGUUUGCUCAUUCGGCGGAAGAAUUUCAUUCUAGCUUAUUAAUCACUGAGUAUUGUAUUAGACUUUAAAGAUUAAUUUAGAAAAGAAAAGAACAAACGUUGGCAGAAUUCCAGAUGGUUUACGAAUUAAAAUGAUGAUUACAAUAUAGAUAGUGAAAGAAUUUAAACAGUGUCACUGAGUAGCAUGAUGGAUUAGUAUGUGGUCACCUAACCGGACAAGUUGGUUUCCUAUGGGUCCUCCCCCCAUCGGCAAAAGCACACUGUUGCGUAUCAUUGUGCCAAAAAGAGUUAUUGAUAUAGUGUUGUAUUUGCUAUUUUUUAUUAUUUAUGCUGUAUUGUUUGUAUGGGCGUGUUUUAAAAAAUAAAUAUGAU